CCGAAUAGCACAAGUGCGCUACUGCAACAUCCCUAGGUACGGAGGGGGCAUUCUGGCUGCAAACUCCCAACAACAGCAGGUCCAAGCUAGCAAUGACUUUUUUGUCGGACGGCUGUCAAGAUCGAGUAGUGAUGAUAAGGAUGUGCAGAGCUCUUAUCUUCUAUUCGAUCACGACAUCAUGUACAGGCUACGGAGAUAGAUACAGUGCUGUACAAUGUACAAAAGGUAAAGACCCAUCCCCCGCAUUUUCUUUUUCCUCCUAUCCAAUUCCCCUGACGCAUCUUGAAUUGUCAAUAUGGAGGAUAUCAAAAAAGGACACGGCCCGGGCUCGGCGGAGUACACAUACGACGCGAAAGAAGGAGGGGGAGGAGCCACGACGGACGUUGCGAGCAGCAGUGAGGGGGAGACGAUCGUCGAGAAUGUCGAUGAUCUGAAACGGCGUCUGAGCGGUCGUCAGAUCCAGAUGAUGGCGAUAGGAGGUUCUAUCGGGACGGCUCUGUUCGUCAGCAUUGGCUCGGGACUCACGACGGGAGGGCCGGGCUCGUUACUAAUUGCUUUUACUCUGUACUGCGUCUUCAUGGCUGCGGUCAAUAGUUGUAUGGCGGAAAUGGCGGUCUUCAUGCCUGUCAGCGGCUCUUUUGUUAGGAUGGGUGGCAAGUGGGUUGAUGAGGCUUUUGGAUUCAUGCUUGGGUGGAACUUCUUCUUCUACGAAGCCUUCUUAAUCCCCUGGGAAAUCAGUGCACUUAAUCUAGUCCUCACGUUUUGGAGCGAUGAUAUUCCUUUGGCCGCUAUCUGCGCAGCUUGCAUUGUUCUCUAUGGAAUCAUUAAUCUCUUCGCCGUGAAGUGGUACGGAGAGAGUGAGUUCUGGCUUUCAAGCGGUAAAGUGAUCCUCGUCGGGAUCGUGUUUAGCUUUACUUUCAUCACGAUGGUUGGGGGGAAUCCCAAACAUGAUGCAUACGGUUUCAGGUAUUGGAAGACACCCGGCGCUUUCGCAGAAUAUGUCACGACGGGCCCCUUGGGCAGGUUUGAAGGGUUCCUGAGUGCGCUGUGGAAGGCUGCCUUCACUAUUGUCGGGCCUGAGUACCUAGGGAUGAUUUCCGGAGAGGUAGAGCACCCACGCAAGAACCUCAAGCGAGCAUUCAAGACCAUCUACUUCCGUUUCGGCGUCUUCUUCAUCGGAGGCGCGCUGGCAUGUGGAAUCGUCAUCCCUUACGACGACGCACGGCUCGUCGCUAUCCUCUCGAGUAAUUCAUCCGCCACGGGAACCGCGGCCUCCAGCCCGUACGUGAUCGCCAUGCAGAAUAUGGGAAUCGGGGUGCUUCCACAUAUCACCAAUGCGCUCUUGGUCACCAGCAUCUUCUCCGCGGGAAAUUCAUAUGUAUACUGCGCUUCUCGAACACUGUACUCACUGGCCCUUGACGGCCAAGCUCCGAAGUUCCUGCGCCGUUGCACCAAGAAGGGGGUCCCGAUCUGGUGCUUCUGCGUCACCAUGAUCUUCCCCUUCCUCAGCUUCCUCGCUGUCGGCAGCUCUUCCGCCCAAGUCAUCACCUGGCUGGCCAACCUGACCGAGGCUUCUCAGAUCAUCGACUACAUCGCCAUAUGCAUCACCUACCUCUUCUUCUACCGCGCGCUGAAAGCCCAAGGCUACGACCGCAGAAAACUACCCUAUGUCGGCUGGGCCCAGCCAUACGUCGGAUGGUUCGGCCUCGUAACUAUGAUCCUCACCGUUGGGGCGUAUGGAUACACGACGUUCUUACCGGGCUGGUGGGAUGUCGGUACCUUCUUCUCCUACUAUACCAUGUGCUUUGUGUGCCCUAUUCUCUACGUCGGGUGGAAGGUAGUCAAGAAGACCAAGGUCGUCAAGCCUGCAGAAGCGGAUCUGGUAUGGGAACGGCCCGUCAUCGACGCAUACGAGGCGACUCUAGAGGACAAGCACGUUGGGUUUUGGGAGGAGGUUCGGGUCAUGCUGGGGUUUUGGAAGAAGACGGAACAUGUGGAGUAGAGUACUGGAUAGCAUCGCCAUAUCUACAAAUAGAUGGUGAUUAGAGAAAUGUGACGGCGAGAAUCUACCUACUGUAACC